AUGAUAGAUAUGAAGACCAUUGGCAGAACCGAGAGGAAGUACCUACUAUCCGAAUCCAGGGUCAUCACUCCGGCUUUGACGAUUUCGUCAAUACCAGUCGUAUACGGCUAUUACGUUGACGGCUACGGCUACGACGACGACGACUUCUACGUCGACGAUGACGACGACAAUGAUGACGACGAUGACGACGACAAUGAUGACGACAAUGACGACAAGUCGACGCGGUCGUCAUUAUCUUCUACUGAGUAUACGACCACUUCGUCGACAUUGUCCAGCAGUACGUUCUCUCCAUCCGAGGCAUCCACUACGCCACCCGGCGCUUCUCGUCAACGCCGGCAACGACGUCGACUUGUCUCUUCCUCCUCAUCAUCAUCAUCAACCAGUGAUACCACAUCUUACGACGACGGCGUCGACUCGUGGACAUACUUCUCUGGGUUGGACGACGACUCUUUCACCUUCCUGCGUGCAGACGAUACCAGCGCUUCGUCUCCGUCAUUUUCUGGGGGAUUUCUCAAUAUAUACGUGCUGCAAGGCUCGUAUUCGCUCAUCAUAAUUGAGGACAUCGACCCGCUGGAUAUUGGUGACUUGCUGGGCAAUAUCGGCGGGUUCUGGGGUUACGUGCUACUCUCGUUUGCAGUGUUCUUCACGGUAGCUGAGCCAGAAAAGCUGCCAAGGUUACGAGCGCGUGCGUUCUACACGAAGCGCGGGACCGAUGAAAUAAUACGCCGCUUGUCGGCCACAAGCAGUACGAGUAAGUCACCGGAUGCUUCACAGGGUGCUACGGAGGUUAGAGAGCAGCCGCCCGACUGGGAAGACGAGAGAAACGGCGGACAAGGCGAAGCCGAAGGCAAAUCGGAAGGGGAGACCCCAGCCAUCCCGAGCUUGAAGAACCCCACACCAUUUAUGAUUCGGGGGCGCUCGUCAACCGAAGAUCGCGAGACACGCAGAAGCCAACGCCCCACAUCCGUUGUUGUUGAGGGCGAGCCGGUGGCUGGUUUGAAAGAUCUGGGCUAAGAAACUCGCACCUUUGCGGGAACCCUGAUGUGGUUGGCCACACAGACACGGCCGGACAUCGCGAUUGCAGUACGAGCAGUAGCGCGGUAUU